AUGCCUUCUGUCGACGAGCCAUCGUCAUCUGCCGUUGACUAUCAGGAAAAGGUACCUGUAGCAGGUCCUCAUGAUGACCAGCAGGGUCAUGAUGCAACAUCAAUUAUACCGCGAUGGGCACCCGCCAUGCCUGACGUUCAAUCCCUGAGCUCCCCGUUGACAUGCAUGGCAGAGACCAUGCUUGCCUGCUGUAACUUCGCGUGGCAGCAUCCUACCGGAUACCAGCUUCUUCCCGAUCCGGCGGCCGUGGUAUACGAGCCUCCGCAGCAGUAUACGAUGGAAGUGGCACAACCUGUGCCAGCCCAAGCGAUUCACUCUGUGCAGCACCUUGUCUCAGACUCUGAUGGGUUUCCUCAACAUGCGCCGGUGCAAGAUCAGCACUUGAACUUGGAUGUCUUGCCACUCGAUGGCUACCCCGUCCUUGGGGAAGCCUCAUUGCAGCCGCUGCUCCAGCCUGUGUUGCAACCUACCCUGCAGGAGCCACCGUCCAUUGCAAACACGGACGAUGAUCCUUAUCUGGUAAACCAGACUGGCCACGAGUACUCUAACCAGCUGGCUUCUACGGACUUAUACAAUUAUCCAAUAGUCACGGCACCGAUGGCAAUGUCCAUGCCGCUCAUUGAUGAGAAUCCUAUGGAUGCGAAUACUUCACUGCUGCCGUACGGUCCAGCCCCCCUUGUACCGCUAGUCCAACCUCCUUUGGUGGUCAUUGAGCCCACGUCCCCAGAGAUACACAACUGUUAUAACACUCCUGCGGCGCAGAAUCUACCUCAGCCGGUACUGCGUGAAGAUGAGAGCAACACAGUUGGCCAGACACAAGAUACAAUUCCCGACAACCUACAGCCCACCCAACGUAAUGCGAGAGGCGACGUACCCCGUCUUGUGUGCGAGUUCAACUCGGAUCUUCCAGGCGGCGUCUGCCUGACGUGUAAAAAGGUAGAGAAUACAAAGGCAGCAAGGCUACCGUGCCUCCGGUACAAGAUCACCGACAUGAUGCUCUAUAAGCCAGGCGCAGUCCCAGGUUACGAGUGGUCCCAAAGAUGGAACAAGAACAACUCGGAACCCAUCCAGCUUUGGGCCUCGCGUGAAGUCAAAGUCAUUCAGAUAUCUGUUUACUUCUCAAACUCGUUUCUCUUACUGCCGGUGCGCAAAUUCGUUCCACAGGAGGGAGACAAACUAGAGCGGACAUGGGAUUACCAAGGCACCAAGAAGUCGGUCACCAUCCCGCCAUACGCGCUGGUGGACCUGGAAGCCGGCAAAUCAGCGUACACGAGAUUUAUCCGAGACUCCAUGACCGACAUUUUCAAGAACUUCCUUGGUGACACGGAUAGUCUCUUGUACAAGACGUACCUCCAAGCUUGGCACAUGUGGAAAGACCCAAACAUCGCGGCGGAGUCGUUUGAAUUACUCAACUGGACGCUUCGGCUGUGGAUAGCCGUCCGCUUGUCAACUACGUCGGCGUUUAUCGCCGGGAAUGAGAGACUAGGCAUGUCGACCGAUAUUCUUGACCAAACCAAUCCAAACCCUGGAAAGAUUCCACUGCCCCCGGUGCUGGGCGCACAGAUGGACAUGAUAUUGAUCCAGCACAUGCAGUCCAAACUUAGACAUGAGCUGUUGGACAACCUCCAAAAAGUAAUGCUCAAGAAUAAGCCAUCUAGCUGGCUGGUGACUUACUUGGUGACUUUCAUUCUGCUUCACAACGUCGCGCUUAUUACAAAGCACGAUGCUGCGUAUGCUCGCAAGCAUGGCAUGAAGCGCCGUUACGCUCGACAAGAAAAAGUCCAAGAGUAUCAUCUGGGAGCCAAUAUUAUCCUGGCCCACUUUCACUACUGUAACAAGGGCAUCGUGCCCUUCUCGGAAGAGUGCGAGGAUCAAGAUCUUCGGACGUUAGCGCAUCUAGAUGAGGAUAAGAUCAAGUUUGUUCGUGCGACCAGGGCACACAUUCAACGGCACAGUGAGUCCCCGAUACCACCACACUCCCCAGCUAACCGGAUUCCCGGACUGGCGCUAAUACAGGGGUCAACCCCUUCUUGUACAGAGGAAGAGUGGGAGGAUAUCCGCGCCAAAAAGGCGUACGAGGAAGACUACUUCUUCGUCAGCCAGUUGUUUGAGGAGAAAUGGCAACCAAGGACCUCCGUCUUGUAG